GUACAGCCGCCCUAACAUGCCCAGCCCUGCAAAAUAGAUCGACGCGCUGCUCGGUUUAAAUUGUAAAUUUGAAUUUGUGCAAUAGAUGAAUAAGAAACUAUUAGUGUCUAAAAUUUGAUUAAAAUCAAGCGCGAUCGUACAUUCAGAUCGAUUCGUUUGCUGCAAGCUAGAGAGAACAAGCCCGCGAACCGCUAUUUUGGAGAAAUGGAAAACGGUGAUGCGUCUUCGCUGUCCUCCGAUCCGCACAUUGAUUACAAGACUCCAAAGAAGACCAACUCGCUGAUCGAUAGCGAGCAGUUACUGGAUAAGAUAAACAUCCUAACCACCAAACCAGAGAAUCACUCGAACAAUGCUAAGCUGCCAACCAUCAAAGAUUUUGUAAUCAUCAAGCCGAUCAGCCGGGGGGCGUUCGGGAAAGUGUUCCUGGGAUACAAAAACAAUGACUCGAACAAGCUGUUUGCCAUCAAGGUGAUGCGCAAGUCGGAGAUGAUAAACAAGAACAUGGUGUCCCAGGUGAUAACCGAGCGGAACGCAUUGGCCCUCUCUCGGUCGCCGUUCUGCGUGAGUCUCUUCUAUUCGCUGCAGUCGCUCUCCUACGUGUACCUGGUCAUGGAGUAUAUGGUGGGCGGUGAUCUCAAGUCGCUGCUGGCCAUGUAUGGCUACUUUGACGAGGCAACCGCUCGCUUCUAUGUGGCCGAGAUGGCCAUGGGGCUGCAGUAUCUGCACCAGCAUGGCAUCGUGCAUCGCGACAUCAAGCCGGACAACAUGCUGCUCUCGUCCACGGGACAUGUGAAGUUAACGGACUUUGGCCUGAGUAAAAUCGACAUGCGACGCGAUCUGGAGAUGUCCGAUCUAAUCAACUGUUCGCCAAACCUAAAUGCCCGGACACCGGGCCAACUCCUGUCACUUACCUCGCACUUGUCCUUUGGCUCGGAAAAGAAACUGGCUGAAUAUGGUUCCUCACUGACUGCCAACGGUGGCACGACCAUGGGCACAGGGACUUCCAAUUUGCUGCAGGCCAUCAACAAGCAUGGGCAGGCCAUGGAGAUGUCCGACAGUGAGGGCGAUACCUCGCUCACCGAUGCCGAAAAGACGAGCGACAGCAAAAUCUCUGGCGUCUCGCCGUUCUACUCGGCCGAGGUGAAUGAAUCGAUCACCCAUACGUGUACAGCUCUCAUCAAUCCUCAGGACAGCAGCUCCUCGUGCUCCUUUCACACAUGCACCUCGGCUGAGCUGAGCAAGUGUUCCCCACCGCUGGACGCCGGUGCAGCGCCAGAGCCAGUGCCUAGCAAGCGGCGGGUGGAAUUCGCGCUGGACACGGUUAAAUGUCAGGGCUGCAAAAUGGCCGAACAGGACAACAAUAAUGGGGAUAGCAAUAGCAAUGGCAAUGGCAAGGCCAAGUUGGAGAGCGCAAACGAGGCCUCGUUUGAGUUUUCCAUGGUGCGCAGGCGAUCGCUUGACGAGCGCAAUCGCAACAAAGGGCAGGAGGAUUCCGGUGUGUCGAGUCGAAAAGGCGACGACUACUCUGGUUGCCAUCUAAAUCAGAACAGCGAGAACAGCACUGCCUCCUCAAUUGAGAAGAACACGGAGAACCUGAGCCACUCGAAGGAGGACUAUAGCUGUUCGGACUACUCGCGCAGCUACAACAUGACAAAUGGCAAUGAGAUGAGCGGCAUCCACAUGAAUUCCCCCUUUCGCAAUCUCUCGAAACACUUUAAGCGACCCGAUUUCCUGCGCGGCAUGAAGCGGAAGAUCAAUCUGGUGAAUCGCUCCAACAAUAUGUCCAGCAUGGAUGCGGAUGGCUCCAGUUCGGGCAAUGGCAGCACCAACACUGGCCUCACCCAGGAGAUCGAGAUACUCAACAUUGGCAGCAGUACGCCCAAGAAGCGCAAGGCUCGCUCCUCGCCCAUUCGUGGGGUGCUCAAGGUGCGCUCACUGUCUGACGACGAGAUGCCCAUGCAGCAUUUGCUCGGCUCCGAGGCGAACGUGACCAAUGUGGUCUUCUCCACGCCCGUGUCCUCGCAGAAGCUGCCACGCCGUGACGGCGGACUGCUCGGCAAGCUGAAGGCCACACGCUUCGCUCUGCCCCUGUCCAUAGAGAACAAGAAGCGGGAGAAUGCAGCGACUGAGAAAUUGUCGGGUGUUCAGUAUCACCUGAAGCUGGCCGACGAUCCCACAAUGUCACCCAUAAACCACGGAGCUGGUGUCAUGCCAAAGACCCCGAAGAACAUGAACAUCAAUACGCCUUUCCGAACACCGAAGUCGGUGAGGCGGGGAGGUCGCGUCUCCAAUGAGCGUAUACUGGGCACACCCGACUAUCUGGCGCCAGAGCUGCUGCUGAAGCAUGGACACGGUCCCGGCGUCGACUGGUGGGCGUUGGGCGUAUGCUUCUACGAAUUCAUGACCGGCAUUCCACCCUUCAACGACGAGACGCCCCAGAAAGUAUUUGACAACAUUCUUAACAAAAACAUUGAAUGGCCCGAAGGCGAAGAAGCCUUGUCCGUCGAUGCCAUGGAGGCUGUGGAGCUGCUGUUAACCAUGGAUCCCGCCGAGCGACCCGCCGCCAAAGAAGUACAGCAAAUGCGGCACUUUGCGUGCAUUGACUGGGAGAACAUUGGCAAUGCGGAGCCGCCAUUUGUGCCCACGCCCGACAAUCCCACCGACACAGGCUACUUCGAUGCGCGCAACAAUCUGCAGCAUCUGCAGCUGUCCAAUUUUGCUGUGGAAGACUAACUUGACUCCUGCCCUAACCUGAGUCCCGGCUGUCUCUGGUAACCCGCGCAUGCUUGUCCCCCUAAAUGUUAUUUAUAUUAUGUCUGUAUAGCAAUUUGUGUUCUUUUGUUAUCCGUUCGUUGGCCUAGAUCUACGUAUUUAUAUAUUAAUAAUUCAAUUAUGCUCCUCUAUAGUGAAGAUUCUCCACGAUCGUAUAUGAUAUUGUAACUACGCUUAAACAAAUAGCUUCAAGUAUAUAAACACCUCGAGAGAGUGAUCGUGAACUCAUUUUUGGUAGAAAGUAUGAAUGGGAUUUCAUCCAUCCACUCAGCA